AACAUUUACCGGAAACGCCGGGUAAGCUCUUCAAAUGAUCCACAUGUAAAUGCCUUCUGUCUCAGAGCGUUUGUCACGGGAGAAGAAAACGCGACGCAGAUGCAGCGAAUCAACAGUUAAUUUUUACCGAUUAGCAUUUUUAGACCGUAUGUUUCAUUUAUUGUUUUAUUUUCAGUUUAGUUGUGUUUCGUCUUCAUUUUAGCUACAUGCUAAGUGCUCUUCCGCUUUAUGACCUAACCAGAAGAACAAGUACCCACUCUUGUUACAUUUUAAGGCUUAUAAUUGAUUAAAUAAGACAGCAGCGUGAUAUAUUCCCGAUACACAUUCUUUAUAAAACGUCUGGUUCUUUAAAAACGUGAUAAAGCGCCGCUCUUUGACAGUAAUAUAAAAAGCCACCGCCAGAUGGUGCUACUGAGUUUCUAUUAGUUUCACAUCGCAUCAUGUAUAAUGGAGAAAAAGAGACUGGUGAUGAAGAAAAGGACGAAGACCAUUUCGACUGUGAUGAUGAUGAAUCUUGCAAUUUUGGAGAAGGCGAAUUUAUUAAUUCAGAUUUUCCGAGACGUGACAAAAGCCACAGACAAGCUGCACAGCUCAGGAGGGAGAUCUCUCCUCCGCUCCUGACCUUCCCCAUCACUUCACAAAAGACCCAGGAUGACACCAGCAGUGUGUUCAGUUAUGAUUCACAGGAGGAGCAGGGUGAGGAUGAGAGUGACCAGCCCAUAGAGGAGUGGAUGAUCCUGGGAGGAGAGGAGCAGGAGGAAGACUCCAGCAUCCAGCUCAACUUGGCCUACUGGGAUGAUUCUGAGGAUGAUGGUGUGACGGAUGUAAAAUCAGUAUCAGACAUCUGGGCUGUAUCAGAUAAAGACAAGGAUGGUGCGGCUCAGCCAUUGCACACUCGUUAUUUCGUACCUGGUCGUUUUUCGAUAUGUAACCUUUGUAACAAAACGGGACACUUUGCCAGAAAUUGCACCUCUCACAAGAAACGUCCCACUUGUGUUCUCUGUGGCAUCCAGGGGCACAUCCAGAGGGACUGUCAAAGCCGCCCCUGUGCUAAAUGUGGACUUCCCCCUCAUGGCCUCAGUCCCUGCAGAGUGCCUUCUGUGUGGAAGCAGCACUGCCAGCGCUGUGGGAUGAUGGGCCACCUGAGUGAUGCCUGCCCGGAUAAUUGGAGACAAUACCACCUGACAGUGAAGGUAGAGGUUCCUUUAAGACCACGAAGUGUCUGCAGUCUGAGACAUAAAAACCGACGAGCUCAUUGCUACAACUGCUCCAAAAGAGGACAUUAUGGUUUUGAGUGCAUAAACAGGAGGAUGGUCAGUGGAACGUUGCCUUCUCUGCCUUACGUUAUUUACUAUGACACCCAGGAGGACAUUCUCCAUCGUGGUACCAGGAUGGACAGAAAAGCCAAGAGGGACAAAGAGCUGGUGAAUGCUGGAUCUUUACAGCAAGAACACCUGUUUGAAAAAACAGAAGACUGCAAGGAGAAGAAGUGGAAGAGCAAGAAAAAGCAGGAGGCAGGAGAAAGGAGGAAAACAUGGCCAGAAAGACGCAAGGAAAGACGUGAAGUGAAGCGUCUGAGGAGAGAGGCCCAGGCCAAGAGGGAAGGAGGAUUUCUGGGGAGGUCUUGGUGCAAAUCUGAUGUUGAAGUUUGUACUACAAACCGGUUUAGACACAACCUCCAUGGCUGUGGGCUGUUUUUACCCCUUCAAGAGAAGAAGAAAAGGGUUGAGAAAGAUGCAAAAAAUAGCAGGAAGAACAGAGAGGCUGAGCGAUGGAAGAAAAGAGGGGGGAUAAAACGUGGAGAUUUGUAUCCUCAUCCUGACAUGGACAUUGGAAGUGAGAAUUUUCUGUCUCCAAAGCAAAGAGUACGUCACAGAAGGAGAUGAAACAUGUUAUUAUUACACUUUUAGAGAGCAUUAAAUUGAACAGGAUUUUGUAAUAUUGUUUCAUUUUUAAAAAAAUUAUUGAUUUGACUGUUAUUUUACUGUAAGGCAAUUUUUGAUGUGUGUGCAUUAAAAUGAUAGAUUUAA